UGAGAGAGCGGAGAGCCGCGCUGGAAUCAUCCCGGGCUGACGCUCACAAGUCCGGGGUAAGUAUACAGCGAUCUGCUAACAGUCCCACCACGUCUACUACGUGUGUUUCUCUGCACAGGCCCGGUGCACCCAGGACGCGAUCUUCCCAGAUGUCCUUCACUGCGACGCCGGGACACCACGGACCCUGGGUGCAUCCACAGCGGAGGACGCGAGCCGGGUCCCGGGCGACGACUUCUCCCCCUCCUGCCUUCGACAUCUCCAUCCGGAACUGCUUCGCUCCCCUCCGCGAGACAGGACGCGACGCUGUGAUCAUCGGAGACUCCAUCGUCCGACACGUAAGUGCUACGUUAGCCGAAGGUAAAGUGCACACUCAUUGUUUGCCUGGUGCUCGUGUUCUCGAUGUUUCUGCACAGAUACCCGCGAUCCUGAAGGUCGACGAGAGCCCCAGAGCGGUCAUGCUUCCCGCCGGGGUUAACGACACCACGCUGCGGCAGACGGAGACGCUGAAGAGGGACUUCAGCAGCCUGAUCGAGACGGUUCGCAGCACGACGCCCGCGGCGACGAUCGUCGUGUCAGGACCACUGCCCACGUAUCGACGAGGACACGAAAGGUUCAGUAGACUUUUUGCUUUAAAUGAAUGGUUGUUGUCAUGGUGUAAAGAACAGAAACUGCUAUUUGUUAAUAACUGGAAUCUUUUCUGGGAGCGUCCUAGGCUGUUUCGCGCUGAUGGAUUACACCCCAGCAGAAUCGGAGCGGAGCUGCUCUCUGACAACAUCUCCAGGACACUUCGCUCCAUGUGACUAGAUUUACACAAGCUCCAGUCUGGAUCCAGAACACCUGAGAAGAGAUGAUGCUGACCCACAGAGGACCCCAGAUGAU